UUAGUAUCUGACUAAAUACACCUCAUAAAAACCGCGCCAAAGUCCACGAAAUUUGAGUUUAUUUACAGGUUACACUGCGUAUUCGCGACUGCAUGGACAGUGUGUGUUGACCUGCUGACCAUCUAUAAGGCUUACAUUACAGUCAUAGAGGCAGCAUGGAGAUCGAAGGCAUAACAGUUGGAGAAAAGGUGAAUGAAGGGAAGACCAAGGUUGUGUAUCGACUAAAAGCAAAUCCAGAUGAGGUGUUGCUGCAUUCCAAGGAUAGAAUCACUGCGGGUGAUGGAGAACGAGCGCAUGACCUGGCUGGAAAAGCUGAAAUUUCAACAGCAACUGCCACUGCCAUAUUUAAAUUGCUCAACAAUGCUGGCAUCAAAACCCAUUUCCUGUAUCGGGGUGGCAAGACAGGCAUGGUGUGUCACUACUGUGAGAUGGUCCCUAUAGAGUUUGUGACCAGGAGGGUGGCCACUGGAUCCUUCCUCAAGAGAAAUCCAGGUGUCAAGGAGGGAUACAGAUUCAGCCCACCUAAACAGGAAACAUUUUUCAAGGAUGAUGCCAACCACGACCCCCAGUGGUCCUAUGAGCAGUGUGUGGAGGCCGGUCUGAAGUGUGGGGGUCGCACACUGGGGCGCGAUGACUUUGACAUCAUGUGCAAGACCACCGUCACUGUGUUUGAGGUGCUGGAGAAAGCCUGGGCUUCUCUGGAUUGCUCACUCAUUGAUAUGAAAGUCGAGUUUGGUGUCAGUCCAAAAACUGGUGAGAUAUUGCUGGCAGACAUCAUUGACAGUGAUUCGUGGAGAUUGUGGCCCUCAGGCGACCGCCGCCUCAUGAAGGACAAGCAGGUGUACCGUGAACUCCAGGAGGUCACCACAGAGGCCCUUGAUACUGUCAAACGCAACUUCCAGUGGAUUGCAGAGCGAGUAGAGCUCUUGAGUCCCAAGCCUAAAGGGAGAGCAGUUGUUUUUAUGGGCUCACCGACAGACAUGGCCCAUUGUGAGAAAAUACGGGCCUCCUGUAAGAUGUAUGGUGUCCCAUGCGAAUUGAGGGUAACCUCCGCUCACAAAGGCACGGAUGAAACCAAAAACAUCUUGGCACAAUAUGAAGGGGAGGGAAUCCCAACAGUGUUCAUAGCAGUGGCAGGUAGGAGUAAUGGUCUCGGUCCUGUGUUGUCGGGCAAUGCCACAUGGCCGGUCAUCAACUGCCCACCACUGGCCGCAGACUGGGGCACUGAAGAUGUGUGGUCAUCCUUGAGACUGCCCUCAGGGCUGGGUUGCACCACACUGACGUCCCCAGAGGCAGCCGGCCUGGCCGCGGCUCAGAUCCUCUGCAUGACUGACCAUGUGAUCUGGUCCCGCCUGCGUGCCUCCCAGCUCAACACCUGGGUAGGGCUGAAGGAGGCCGACAUGAAGGCGCGGGGUACAAACCUCCCGGUGGCCAAUGGGCACUAAUUGCAUACAGACCAGCACCGACAUUCCAGAAGCUUUAUUGGGAAUUCCUUAACUUCUAUGAAAGGGAAAUUUUGAUUGUGUGAACUUUUUCUUUUUUUCAAGAAUCCAUUUAUUUUUUUCAGGAAUCCAAUAAUAAUCAGGAUAAAAUGAUGAUCAUUUAAGCAAAAGUAAUCUGUUUAUAAGCAGUAAAUGUAGAAAAACCUUGUAAAAAAUGUAAAGCAUUAAAGGAUUUUCAUGAGUUUUGGUAUUAAAGAUGCAUUGUUAUUAUGGUCCAAUGGUGCUUGCAUAUAUCCGGUAUAUGAGCUGUGUUGUGAGAAAAUGGGUCUUAUGGUUCUACAAUGCAGUCAGGUCAGAAGCUUCUCUGUCCACUAAUGAGACCAUGUAACCUUGGCUUGACUUUAGGGACAGGUUAGCCCCUGACCAGUUUAUACGAAUUCAUUAGUUGCAUGGGACUCGUAUGAUGAUUUACAUUGAGUGCUUCAGAAGAAGUGGCCAGUAUUUUUUGGUAGGAAUAACUUUUGAGUAUGAUUUGUGAAUUCCAAAUACAUUGUAUUGAUUAAAGUAAUGUAUUACACAACAAUCCUUUGUAAUUGUUUAGGUUUGUGUUCAAAGUAUAGGAUGAGAUGAUCGAAUGUUGAAUCAAGUUAGAGAAUAAUUGUUUUCUUUCUUGUUUGGUUUUGGGAGAAUGGUUGAGGGUAUGCUUUGUAAACGAGGUAGUCAAUGUGGAAUGAGGUUUCUCUUGCUUCCUGAGGAUUUAUUUCAUGAUUUUUUAAAUAUGGUUAUUGAAAAUAUGCUGAUUCAGUGCUGAAAGAAAAAAAGUUGUAUGUUUCGUUAUAAUUUCUGUUAAAAUUUACUUUGUUACUGAUGAGGUCUAGAAUUACAAAUUUAUAUUAAACAGCAGUUGAAUGUGCUGUAAAUGAGGAGUUUUUUUCUAUGUUAAUUUUUUAUGUAUACAGAGGAAGGAUACAAAAUAUUUGGUGCAAAGUAAUGUUACGCAGAAAUGUUCUAUUAGUUACUGUUUAUUAUCAAAUGAGAUGACAAUGUUCUAUUAGUUACUGUUUAUUAUCAAAUGAGAUGUAUUUUUUUGUGUUUGAAUUAAACUAUACAGCAAUC